CUCGCUGAAAAGCACCUGCCAUCGUUUUUCGCUUUUUCGAGAGGGAAAACAGAGCGAACCGCCGAAAGCUUCUUCCUUUCCAUCCGCUCGCCGUCGCCUCUCCGCCCCGAUUUCCGGAACUCGAGCCCGAUCCCGAACUCGGCCUCGACGUCGACCUCGCGCCGGCAUGGCGUGGGCUCUGAUUCUCGCCGUCGCCUUCCUCGUCAUCAACAUUGCCCUCUUCGCCUCCACCUUCUAUCAGAUCCUGAUAUUAUCGGAUCUGGAGGCGGACUACAUCAACAUGUACGAAGCAGCAUCUCGGAUCAAUGGGUUGAUCCUUCCUGAUUUUAUCUUACAAGGAGUUCUCAGCGUGCUUCUACUGAUGACUGGACAUUGGCUCAUGUUUCUAGUUUCAGUCCCUGUCACUUGUUAUCACGUAAUGCUGUACGUAAAGCGGCGGCAUCUAAUUGAUGUGACUGAAGUAUUUAGAGUUCUUGGGACCGAGAAAAAGUAUCGCAUGGUGAAGCUUGGUUUAUUAUCCCUUCUCUUUCUCAUGGUUAUAUUCAGGCUCGUGUUGUCUAUUUUUGAAUCUUUUGUUGAUGACGAAGAUGCCUUCCAUUCAUUUUGAUAAACACAGCUGGAGAAGUAUAGUGCCACUCUCGCAGGGGCGUUGUACAUCGAACAGAAUUGUGUUAGGGGUCAGCUGGUUUAGGCCUAGUAUCAUUGAUUGGGAGUGAUUUUUUUAUCUUGAUUGGGGAGCUACCAUUGGCAUGCCCGGGCUGGAAUUUCGCUCUGAUGGUGCUGUGGAAUAGUUUAUGCGAACCUUCCGUUGUUUGAAGCACCAUUCGGAUGUUGCUGCAAAAGCAGGACGAGAAAUUGUGCAUUUGUUAGAUGGCUGUGGAGUUGGAAAUUUGUACCAACCCUGCCAGCAUAUUGUCGCGCUUUUCUCUCGCAUGUGAGCGUGAGAAGCACGGGUUGAGCAUAGGUGAGCGAUGGCUGCUGAGAGCCCUGAGACUGCGUCCGAUGUUGUACAUUGUUUCGAUCAUCUUUGAUGUUUAUCUGCUGCUGCAAGAGCGUUACUUCCA